AAAGCAUGUGUGGUAAAGAGAGGCAUAGAAAGCUUUGCUAGAGGAGAUAAGAUCGCACAGCUUCUCAACCAGAGCACAGUACAACAACAACAAUGGCCUCAGCUUCUCUCCUAAAAUCAUCACCAGUUCUUGACAAAUCCGAGUGGGUGAAGGGUCAGACCCUUCGCCAACCCUCGGUCUCAGUUGUCCGAUGCCUCCCUACCGCUCCCUCGGCUCUCACUGUCCGAGCUGUUACCUCCUAUGCCGAUGAGCUUAUCAAAACCGCGAAAACCGUUGCAUCGCCAGGGCGAGGAAUUUUGGCCAUGGAUGAGUCAAAUGCAACCUGUGGGAAGCGGCUAGCCUCAAUCGGGCUAGAGAACACUGAGGCCAACCGCCAAGCCUACCGCACCCUCCUUGUCUCAGCUCCUGGCCUCGGAAAAUACAUCUCUGGUGCCAUCCUCUUUGAAGAGACCCUCUACCAGUCCACUGUCGAUGGCAAGAAGAUAGUUGACGUGCUUAUCGAGCAGAACAUCGUCCCCGGUAUCAAAGUCGACAAGGGUUUGGUACCACUUGUUGGAUCAAACAACGAGUCAUGGUGCCAGGGUCUCGAUGGACUCGCCUCCCGCACUGCUGCUUACUACCAACAAGGAGCUCGGUUCGCCAAAUGGCGUACUGUUGUGAGCAUUCCCAAUGGUCCAUCUGCUUUGGCUGUGAAGGAAGCUGCCUGGGGUCUUGCUCGCUACGCUGCCAUCUCUCAAGACAAUGGGUUGGUUCCAAUAGUGGAGCCAGAGAUCUUGCUUGAUGGAGAGCAUGGAAUAGAGAGGACAUUUGAAGUGGCUCAGCAGGUUUGGGCAGAGGUGUUCUUCUACCUUGCUGAGAAUAAUGUGAUGUAUGAAGGAAUCCUACUCAAGCCCAGCAUGGUCACCCCUGGUGCUGAGUGCAAGGAGAGGGCUACACCCCAAGAAGUUGCUGAUUACACCCUCAAGCUCCUCAAGAGGAGAAUCCCCCCUGCCGUCCCCGGAAUCAUGUUCUUGUCUGGUGGGCAAUCUGAGGUUGAGGCAACACUGAACUUGAAUGCAAUGAACCAAGGUCCAAACCCAUGGCAUGUGUCCUUCUCAUAUGCCAGAGCUCUCCAGAACACCUGCCUCAAGACAUGGGGAGGCCGCCCUGAGAAUGUCAAGGCUGCUCAGGAGACUCUCCUCAUUCGUGCCAACGCCAACUCUCUGGCUCAACUCGGCAAGUACACCGGUGAGGGAGAAUCCGAAGAAGCAAAGAAAGGAAUGUUUGUCAAGGGCUAUGUCUACUAAGCUUCUUUUUAUGAAUCUCUUUAUUCUCUAUAGAUGAUGAAGAUCAUGAAGAAGAAGAAUAUGAAGAUGAUGAUGAUGAAGUGAGGAGGACAGAGUUUCUCUCUGAUGUGUACUGUUGGUUGCUUAGAACAAUUAAAUGGAGACUAUUUUUGCUGAUCACGACAUGUAUUUUUAGCCAUUUUAAUAAGCUUGUUGCUGCCGAUGAGAUCAGUUCCUGCCUACUUAAUGCAUUUUGGUGGUGUUUGUUUU